AGGCAUUCGGCUUACCGGCGGCUUGGUGACGUUCUUGGGCAGUUAAAUAUCUGUUCAUACUGUCGUUGUGUUGAGUGCUUUUAUCUGAAUUUUUAGCAAUUUUAUCCGAUUCUGACAACAAAAGAUGUCUCGUUUUGACCGUGACCGAUCCUACGAUUCUUCCAGUCGGUCUGACAGGAGAGGAUUUGGUCCUCCUGGUAGAGGCGGAAGAGGUGGUGGCAGCAGUCAUCAGUUUGGUAGUGGAUUUAAUGGUCCACCACGAUUUGGUGGUCGUGGAGGAGGUGGCAUGGGUGGUAAGAGCAAUAGCCAGCCUGGGGAGAAACUGAGAAAAAUCAAGUGGGAUUUGGAAAGUUUGCCUCGUUUCGAGAAGAAUUUUUACAGAGAACACCCUGAUGUUGCCAGAAGAGAACAACAUGAACUUGAAGCAUUCCAGAAUGAAAAACAGAUAACAACAAAAGGACGAGGUGUUCCAAAACCAGUAUUCCAUUUUGGGGAAUGUUCUUUCCCAGACUAUAUCCUGGCUACUGUCAAAAGAAAUAAUUUCAAAGAGCCAACAGCAAUUCAAGCUCAAGGUUGGCCCAUGGCUUUGACUGGACGAGAUGUGGUUGGUAUUGCUCAGACUGGAUCUGGCAAGACUAUAGCUUACAUGUUGCCAGCUAUUGUUCAUAUCAACCACCAGCCAUUCUUGGACCGUGGAGAUGGACCAAUUUGUUUGGUGUUAUGUCCAACAAGAGAAUUGGCUCAGCAAGUAGCCCAUGUUGCUGUUGAUUUUGGGAAAUCUUCCAGAAUAAAGAAUACUUGUGUUUAUGGUGGAGCUCCAAAAGGAUCCCAGAUUAGAGAUCUUGAGAGAGGAGUUGAAAUUUGUAUUGCCACUCCUGGUAGAUUACUCGACUUCUUGGAGGCAGGAAAGACAAACUUGAGGAGGUGCACAUACUUGGUACUUGAUGAGGCCGACAGAAUGUUGGACAUGGGUUUUGAACCUCAAAUCAGAAAAAUUAUUGAGCAGAUUAGACCCGACAGACAGGUACUAAUGUGGAGUGCCACUUGGCCAAAAGAAGUAAGAGGACUGGCAGAAGACUUUCUAAAAGAUUAUCUUCAAGUAAAUAUUGGUGCAUUAUCCUUGUCCGCCAAUCACAAUAUUCUGCAGAUUGUUGAUGUUUGUCAAGAGCACGAGAAAGAUGACAAGCUAAUAAGACUGUUAGAAGAAAUCAUGCAAGAGAAUGAGAACAAAACGCUGAUCUUUGUUGAGACCAAAAAAAGAACAGAUGACUUAACUCGAAGAAUGAGAAGAGAUGGGUGGCCUGCUAUGUGUAUUCAUGGUGACAAAUCGCAGCCUGAACGAGACUGGGUUCUCAGUGAAUUCAGAGCAGGAAAUGCUCCUAUUCUUCUAGCUACAGACGUUGCAUCACGUGGCUUAGAUGUGACAGACAUCAAAUUUGUGAUAAACUUUGAUUAUCCAAGUUCAACUGAGGACUAUAUUCAUCGUAUUGGACGUACUGCUCGAAGUGAGCGUACAGGUACUGCAUAUACAUUCUUCACUGCUGGCAAUAUGAAGCAAGCCCCCGAGUUGAUUGAUGUCCUACGAGAGGCUAACCAAGUGAUUAAUCCAAAGUUGAUCAAUAUGGCCGAGGCGGCCAGAAAGUCAUUUGGUGGCAGAGGUGGUCGUAGUCGCUACAGGACAUCUGGUUCUUUUGGAGGUGGUAGUCGCGAUAAACCAGGGUUCAAGCAAGGAUUCAAGUCUUAUGGGAGCCAAGGGGGGUCUAGAGGUGGGGGUUACGGGGGGUCGGAUCGCCAGGGUGGUUCAAAGAGUUAUGGGCAGGGGGGACAAUCCAGUAGGGCACCAUACAACAGAGGUGGUCAGAAGCAUGGAGGGUAUGGUCAAAGUUAUGGACAGAAUGGUAGUUCUCAAAGCAGUUAUGGGUCUGGGGGAUCAAGUUCACAACAGAGUGCUCCAACUCCAUUGCUUGGUCAAAUGAAUGGUUAUAAUUCCAGCAGUGCAUCUGCUCCAUCCUCUACUUCUCAGUCGUCUAAUACGCAGUCACAACAGUAUGGUAAUAUCCAGCAACAGUACCAAGCAUAUGCCAUGCAGUACGCCGCUUAUCAACAGCAACAGCAAUCUCAACAACCUGCGCAGUAGUUAAAUUUUUUGGUUCUUAUUGUUGGUUUUGUGUUUGUAAAGUCAUUUUUAAGUAUUCAGAGUUAGAACAUGUGGACCAAUCUAUCAUGAAGUCUUUUCAGGACAUUGAAAUUAUUUUUUUAUUAUAUAAAUGUUGUUGGGAGGGAUUAUGAGAGUAUGCCAUCGGUUGGUGGUUUGGUGUUAUUUUUUAUCUUGAUGCAGCAUAAAGGACUACAGAAGAAAAUGGUAUGUCGUUUAACGCAACAUUUUUCUGCUGUCACAUUUGUAUUAUUUAUUACAUUUGACUGUUCGUUAUUUUUCCCCCAUAUUAGGUAGUUUCUUGUAAAAAUUAAUAUUCCACUAUUAGGAAUCCUGUAAUAAAUCUUUGAAAACCUUAA